UGUACAAGAGAAGCUCUCUCUCUCUCUCUCUCUCUCUCUCUUAAUUACAACGUUCCCCGUUCCCCGCGAUUCUUACUUUUCCCAUUUUGCCCCUCGUCGCGCCAUGAAAUUACCCGGCGAACCCGACCCCGACCUCGCCGCCGCCGCCGACGACGGCGACGACGAGGAGCUCCGCCGCCUCCUCUCCGCCGUAUCUUCCGCCGCCGCCGCCGCGCGAUGCUUCCGAGGCCGGUGGUGCGCCGUCGCCGCAGCCGCCUCCCGCCUCUCCUCCGCCGUCGGCGACCUCUCCAACCUCGCCGCGAACCCCCUCGCCUCCGAGCUCCUCCGGUCCCUCCGGGAAACCCUGGCCCUAGCCCUGGCCAUCGCGGAGCAGUGCCGCUCCCCCGACCCCCCCGCGGGGAAGCUCCGCACGCAGAGCGACCUGGCCGCCGCCUCCGACGCCCUCAAGCAGCUCGCCGCCGACGCCGACCUCCUCCUCAGCUCCGGCGCCCUCGCCGCGCCGGCCGAGGCGGCGGCGGGGGCCUCCUCCCUCGGCGAGCCCGUGCGGGUGGAGGUGAGGGGCCUCGUCACCCGCCUGCAGAUCGGGAGCUCCGCGGCGCGGAUCGCUGCGCUGGGCUCCCUCGCCGCGCUCCUAGCCGAGGACGAGAGGAACGUGGCGAUCGCCGUAGCGGAGGGGGCCGUGGCCGCGCUGGUCCGCCUCCUCGACUCCGGCGCCGGGGGCGCCGAGGCGCGGGAGCGGGCCGCGGCGGCGAUCGCUAGGGUUUCUGCCGUGGAGAGCUGCCGCCACGCCCUGGCGGCGGAGGCCCCCGCCCUCCUCGCGCACCUCGUCCGCGUCCUCGAGUCCGACGGCGGCGGCGGCGCCGCCAGGGAGGGGGCCUGCAUCGCCCUGCAAACCCUAACCCUAGCCCGCGACGGCGCCAUGGCGAUCGGCUCCCGAGGCGGGAUCGCCGCCCUCCUCGAGAUCUGCGGCGCCGGGACCCCCUCCGCGCAGGCCGCCGCCGCCGGGGUCCUCCUCAACCUCUCCGUGAUCCCUGAACUCCACCAGAACUUUCUAGAAGAAAACAGCAUCCCCGUACUCAUUAGAGUUUUCUCCUCCGGGACGCCUCUCGCGCAAGAGAAUGCCGUCGCUUGCCUCCAUAAUUUAACCGCCGGAGACGAAGAACAGAGCCUAAAGAUCACCGUUUUCAAAGAAGGCGCUUUAGAGUGCCUCAGGAACUAUCUCGAAAACGACAGAGGACUUGAUCAGAACCUCGAAUCGGCAAUCGGAUUGCUGCGGAAUCUGGCGUCUUUCAGGUACAUCGCGGAGAUCAUCUCUUCCGCCGGAUUCAUUCCAUACAUUGUAUCAUCAUUAGAUAGUGCCAAAUCCAGUGUAAGAGGGGAGUCGGCAAAAGCAAUCGCCGAAUUAUGUGCCGUUGAGAGGGCGAGGAAGGAGAUGAUUGAGGCCGUGCCUCUGCUAAUUAGAAUGUUGGAAUCCAAGGGAGGAGGAGAAGAAAAGGAGGCAGCUUUGAAGGCUUUGGGCUCUCUCAUUGCAUUCACGGCUUAUCGGAGGCUAUUUAAGAAGGAUGAGAAGGGGAUUGUGAAUGUGGUUCAGUUGCUCGAUCCUUUGGUGACGAAUGUGGAGAAGAAGCACGCCAUUUCCGUGUUGCUAUCGGUUUCACAGUCGAGGAAGGCGAGGAAGCAAAUGGUGGCUUUGGGGGCUUGCGGGUUCCUGCGAGGGCUUCUAGCGACGGAGGUGGAGGGGGCAAAGAAGCUUAUAGAGAUUUUGGGGAGGGGGAAGAUCCUGGGGGUGUUUCCGAGAGCUUGAAUAAUAGAGAAUUUUGGAAUCAGAUGGGGUUUCUUCUUGAUCUGUAUGUAUUUUAACCACCCCCUACUACAUUAUUAGUAAUAAUAUCUAGAUUGGUGCAUGUAAAUGCUGUGAUUUUUCAUGUUUUCUUAAGCUAAAAUGCUUAGAUUGUGUGUGUGUGUGUGUGUGUGUGUGUGUAUGUAGAGAGAUGAGGGAGAAGCUGUGUAUGAGAUGUUUUUUUUUCCCACUUUAUUGACACACAAUAAAAUGAGUGAGCUUCUGAAUUGUCUUUCAUAUA